UACGAUCGAUCAUAUCGAUUUUAUAGUUAGAUUUUUAAUUGAUCCAUUUUCUUGUUCUUUUUUUUAGAUGUUGGCAAUACACGUCGAGGCAGACUUGAAUUGAUCCAUUCCAAAAAACCCAGAAAAAUAAAAACCAAAGACUUGGCUGUAUAGCAUAGUACCUUUUCCUGCAAAGGGAUAGAACCAAAAAAAAAAAAAACUGCUGUCACUGUCACUGUCACAAAUUCCUUGGUUGGUCGCACUUUUCGUGACUUUUGUUGGAAGUUGAAAAAUGAUCCCAAAAUAGAUUAACCCUGUAUUUUAUCCAGUGCCUAUAAUUAUUUAACAUUGCAGUUAAACUUAGGCAGUAAGGUUAAAAGUGAAUACAGUCGUGGCAUCAUACUUUAGACAAAUUUUCUAUUACAAUGAAUGAACUUCCGGAAAACAGUAGUAAUGAGCCUGGAGAUGUUGAAACUUUGGAUUACUUACGAGGAGUUAAAUCUUCAACGUGUCUGCUUCUGCCCACUACCCCAAGUCCGACUCCACUGGAUUUUAAACAUCCUCUAUCUGAAGAAAUGGAGGAGCGACCAUUCCUAACCAUCAACGACGAUGCAAAUAUGGCGAACUCGCAAAAUUCUGAUGCUUCUGCAGGUGAUUCCAGUUCUUCCGCCGACUCUAAUUCUGUUGUCCAAGAUCCUGUCAGUGCACAACUGAUAAACAAUAUAAGCAUGUUGGAUUACCAAACUUUAAGCAAAAAUGGAGAUCUUAUUUUGGGACCUACUGAAGAUAGCAAAUUGAAUGGAAAUGUGAAUGUAAACAACAGAAAGUUACCUGAUUUUGUCAACUGGAAUUGGAGAGUAAUUAGGAAAGUCUUGUUAUGGGUUGUUCUGUCAGGACUUGUGGCCUGCCUUGGUGCAAUCAUUGCAAUGGUCGUAACCAUCCCUAAGGAAUGCAAUCCUGAUCUACCUUGGUACCACGGCAAAGUAUUUUAUGAAGUAUUUCCUGCCAGUUUCCAAGACUCAAAUGAUGAUGGAACUGGAGACUUGAAAGGUCUGGUUAAAAAACUGGAUUAUAUUCAGAGCCUAGGUGUUUCAGCAAUUCGCCUCAAUUAUAUAUUUACUGCUGAUAAUUACCCAGUACAAUACUAUAAUGUAACUUCCUCUGUGCAGCUUGCAAGAAGUGUUGGCACACAUAAAGAUUUUGAAGACCUAGUUGAAGCAGUCCAUAAACGAAAUAUGUAUUUGAUUCUUGACCUUCCAGUCAAUUCACUGGUCCCCACUAGCUCAUUAAACAAUCAUUCAAUUGAUAGGAAUUUAGAUGAAACAUCUCAGGCGCUGGCUUUCUGGGCAUUAAAUAAAACUGUUGAUGGUUUUUAUUUAAAAGACCUUGAGAAAUAUGUUGAUGACACAAAUUUUGGAAAAUCCUUGCAGUUCUGGAAGUUUGUUAUAGGUUCUGAGAAAAUACUUAUUGCUAGUGAAAAAGCUUAUUCAAAAGCUAAAGAUGAAUCUCUCAAAGUUAUGAUGUCCAGAAUUGAUUUAAUUGAUGUUCAUUUAAAUAUGAAUGAUGGCAUUAAUAAAUUAAAAAAUAGAAUUGAAAAUGUGAUAACUGGAACCCUCUGGGCAAAGCCUCAUUAUCCCUGGGUCCAUUGGAACAUUGGAGAUAUUGGAAGUGAGAGGAUUUCCACCAAACAUCUGAACAAUACUUUGGCUCUGAUUGCUCUUGAAUUGGUUUUACCUGGAACUAUCAGUAUAUUUUAUGGAGAUGAAAUAGGCCUAACAGGGCUGUCUAAUGAGACAGUUGAAGUAGAUUUUCAUGAACAUAAAGAUGUUCACAAUCUAGUGCCAAUGAAGUUUCCUAAUAAUGAGAAAUCUGAUAAUAGUGUAGUUUUGCCAUGGAAUUCAGAAUCUUCUUCCACACCUAAGUAUCAUUUCUUGGAUGUAAUCAAAACUUUUAUGGAAGUGAGACUGAACACUCCAACAAUAUAUUUAAGGGCUAUUUACAAAGAUGGUUUUAACCUUAAAAAUAUGGAUAUACGGAAAACUGAUGAGAAUUUAGUGGUCAUUGAGCGUUGGUACCCUCGUAGAAAUACUUGUGUUUUUGUUGGUAACCUUGGAAACUUUCCCAUAACAACUGAUUUGUCUACCAUGUUUUAUGGUGGUAUGGUAGUUGCUGGUACCAAUGCAUCUCUGAUUGGUCAAGUGUUGUAUUUUGAUCAGGUUACUUUUCCACCCAAUUCAGCUUUCAUAUUAAAAUUGGAUAAGUAAAAAACCUUACACUUUAAAAAUUGAAUCUCGUUUCUUAAUCAGUAUUGACUUGAUCUUUUAUCCAGUUACUUUUGUGCAUAAAUGUUGUUACUUAAAUAGAAAAUAAUGUGCUUAAUUAUGCGAGUUUUUAGUUUGAAUUCUACUAGGUAUAUAGAGAAAAAUUGUACCUAAUUGUUAUAAAAAAUCCCUGUUUUGUUUAUGCUAUUAACUUUUAUAGCAUAUAUUUACCAAGUAUUAUUUAAUUAGAUUUUUUAUUCCUAACUAGUAUAUUUUUAAUAGCCAAUGACUGUUAUUUAAAUCAUCUCAAUUUUGUUAAUAAGAGUUACCAACUAUUGUAAUGUUGAAUACCAAAGUAUAUGUUUAUUUAUGUAUUUUAGAUAUUUCAGUAGAUCUGUGUGUCAUGUAGUGUAGACAAUGUCCUAUUUUAUACCAAAGAUAUUAUUAUGGGCUUAAGAAUUGAAAUAGUCAAAACAAUUAAAAUUCAUAUAUUUACAAAAAUAUACAUUUGUACACAUUGGAAACAAAUAAUUAUGUACUUAGUAUGUAUGACAUUAUUAUGUACACAUAGUGAAAAUGUAUUAAUAAAUAGUUGUUGAUAUUUGCUUUUAUCAUUUAAUUACUUAGUGUUAAUGAUAAUAAUUAGUGCCAAUGACAUGACUCCAAAGUUUAGUUUCCAGACAUUUUUUUAAACUUAGUUACAUAAACAUAAUCUUAACAGGCAAAAAAUGUGGAGUACAUUUUUUUUUAUAAAAGAUAGAGUUUUUAAUUUUUAUGCAUUAACACAUUAAAAUGAAAUGUUUAAAUAAUUAUCGAAAAUGUGAUGGUCUUAUACCUAACAAUUUACUUGAGACUAAGUGUAAAUUACCAAGUUGAAAAGAAAAUGAUGAUAAUGUAUGUUGAUCCUUUUCCCACACUUUGGUCAAAUGCCAUGAUUUGUUUAAACUUGUUAAUUUACUUAUUUAUAGUGAUCCAUACAUUAUUAUAAAUUGAAGUCUUUGCUGUAUUUCACUCAUUUGUCUGUAUAGGCACAGUUAUUUAAUAGUUACGUAUAGUUUAUAAACUACUGUAUCGAUUUUGAUGUGUUUUCUCUAAUAUCUCACGAAAAGCGAGGAACUUGAUUUUUACUUAAAGUUAAUCUAAAAUAACAAUGACAAAAGUAAAACCAAAUAGUUAAUGUAGUUAUUCAGUCUUAAUAAGGAAUGUCGUGCAUAUUUUUAAUUUCACUAUGAUUAAAAUAACAUCUUUAGGUACCAUUUAGCUAUUUCCAAUAAUUAUAAUGAAUAAUUCUGGAACUAUUGAUGAUUGUGUACAAGAAGUUAAAGUUUUUAACGACCGUAUUCAACUAUGAGGUCUUACAGUGAGUGUGAACGCACAGGGUGACAUACAAACUAAUCACAGAGCUCUAUUCAACGCUGUGCGUUCGAUUUGCUGUUUCACUUAAGCAAGAAUUGUGAAUACGGGUGUAAGACAACAGCACAUCAAGCUAAAAUGGUCGUAUCAUGUGCUAUUAUUUUACAAAAAAUAUUUAGUCUUAUGUGCUGCUGAUGUCUUUCAUGUCUUAGUAAAUAGGUACAUACUCAAAAAAUGUGUUCAUUUAGAAAUGACCAAACAUGCAAAUUGUUUUCUUUAGUGAUAGAGAAUGUGUUAUUUUAAUCUCAUACUUAUCUCUUGGGAUUCAAAUAUGUAAUAUUUGUAUUAUAUUACGAUUAUGUUAUAUAAUUUAAAGUGUUUGGCUUUUUCUAAAUGUCAUUAUACCCGUCUGUUUUCUCAUAGCAUGAGCAAAGUAUUGGCAGAUCAUAGUUAUGAGAUUUUAGUAAGUUUUAAUGAGUCAAGUUUGCUCAUCUAUUUUAAAAAAAAGCUACAUAUUUUGUAUACAUUAACGAAUUGUGACUUUAAAAAUGUUGAAGUAAAGUUGAGUCCGUGAGAAACUCCUUAGCCUAACAUGUUAAAAAUGUUUUAGUAUCUAAAAUACACCAAUUUUUACACAAUCGCAUGUACAUUUCCAUAAUAAGUACCUACGUGCGAAUCAUGUCUUGUACUGUUUUAGUAAGGGUUUAUCAUUGAUUUAAAUUUAGUAAAAGCUCAAAAGUAUUAGGCGUCUAUUGUAUUUCAGUCUUUUAUUUUUAUGCAUUGUAAAUUCGGUGGAUAAAA